AUGUCCGCUCGCCGCCAGUCCGUCUCCAUCAGCGCCCCGCUCAGCAUCUCGCCCAGCGGCCAGGCCAGCAUCCUCAGCACGUCGCCGACGCUCGCCACCUCGCCCCAGGGCGGCUACUCGAGCUUCUCGCAGUCGUACGAGGCCCGCCGUGCCGCCCUCGGUGGGUCGAUCCCGUUCCCGCAGGCGGGCAAGGCCCUCUCGCCGUUCCCUCAGCACGAGGCCAACGAGACGCGCAUCCUCCUCCUCGAGAACGUCAACACGAGCGCUGUCGACAUGCUCAAGGCCCAAGGGUGGCACGUCGAGGAGGUCAAGAAGGCCCUCGACGAGGAGGAGCUCAUCGCCCGCCUCAAGGACGGCGGCUUCUCGGCCGUCGGCAUCCGCUCCAAGACCAAGAUCACGGCCAAGGUCAUCUCCGAGGUCCCGUCGCUCCUCGUCAUCGGCUGCUUCUGCAUCGGCACCAACCAGGUCGACCUCCUCGCCGCCGCCAAGGCCGGCAUCGCCGUCUUCAACUCGCCCUUCUCCAACUCGCGCUCGGUCGCCGAGCUCGUCAUCUCCGAGGUCGUCGCCCUGUCGCGCCAGCUGUGCGACCGCGCGCGCGAGAUGCGCGAGGGCAUCUGGAACAAGGUGUCCAAGGGCUGCUGGGAGGUCAGGGGCAAGACGCUCGGCAUUGUCGGCUACGGCCACAUCGGCUCGCAGCUGUCGGUCCUCGCCGAGGCGAUGGGCAUGAAGGUCAUCUACUACGACGUGCUCCCCAUCAUGCCGCUCGGCUCGGCGCAGCAGGUCGAGAGCAUGGAGGACUUCCUCGGCCAGGCCGACUUUGUCACGCUCCACGUCCCCGAGCUCCCCGAGACGACCAACCUCAUCCGCGCCGAGCAGAUCGCCCAGAUGAAGGACGGCUCGUACUUGAUCAACAACGCGCGCGGCAAGGUCGUCGACAUCCCGGCCCUCAUCGACGGCCUCAAGUCGGGCAAGCUCGCCGGCGCCGCCGUCGACGUCUUCCCCGCCGAGCCCAAGGCCAACGGCCCCAACUUUGGCGACGCCCUCAACGACUGGUCGUCCGAGCUGCGCUCGUGCCCGAACCUCAUCCUGACGCCGCACAUUGGCGGCUCGACCGAGGAGGCGCAGAGCAUGAUCGGUGCCGAGGUCGGCGGCGCCGUCAUCCGGUACCUCAACUUUGGCUCGACGAUCGGCGCCGUCAACUUCCCCGAGGUCAACCUGCGCCCGAUCCUGCACGAGGGCACGGUCCGCCUCUGCCACGUCCACCUCAACCAGCCCGGUGUCCUCAAGACGGUCAACGCCAUCCUCGGCGAGCACAACGUCGAGAAGCAGUUCUCUGACUCGAAGCGAGCGAGAACUGACUCUUUCUCUCCUCGCGCAGGUGACGUCGCGUACCUGCUCGCCGACAUUACCAACGUCGACGAGGCCGAGAUCAAGGAGAUCUACAACGCCAUUGCCGGCUCCCGCCACAACAUCGCGACGCGCAUGCUCUUCUGA